CCUGGCGUUGCGCCGGAAGAAUACGUUCCGGGGGAGCCCGUAUGGAUUCUAUCGGAUCUUGCCGACUCGCGCAAAACACCAAUUCCCUACGAAUACUACGAUCUUCCCGGCAGUUGCCCUCGUCCUAUCGAAUCCGAAUUCAAAAAACGACACCGCGAACGCAAGAAUCUGGGCUCUCGAUUACAGGGUCACGACCUUCAGCCUGCGCCUUUCUCAAAUAUCAAGGUCUUGCAGAAUCAAGGCUGUACGCCACUUUGUACCGUCACCCUCGAUGCCCAGAAGCUCAAGAAACUUCGUCGCCUCGUCGAGCGCCAGUACCGCGUGCAGAUGACGUUGGAUCAAUUGCCCCUGUUGAUGCGUUCCAAGGAGUACAAUUACGCAGUGCGCGGAUACCCCAUCGGAUUCCGUGCCCCUGCUUCCUUCAAGGCUCUUCACGAUGGUGAACUUUAUUUGUUCAACCACUUGAAGUUUGUUAUUACCUAUCAGCAGGAUCCCCAAAAUUUUCAGGGUGUUCGUAUUACUGGUUUUGAUGUUAACCCGAUAUCAAUUCAGCACAGCAUGCCUAGUGAAGCGGGACAAGUCGUCAAGGAAUCGAUUUCUUUGGAGACAUGCAAAGGCGGACCCGUGCCCAACGACCCAGCCUCGUACCUUGCUCUCCGCCCUACUUCAGGUGCCGGAUCAUUUCCGAUUGUCUAUUCGUAUGAAGUGCAAUGGGUCAAGUCAGAUCUAGAUUGGACAAAUCGCUGGGAUGUCUACCUCGUUGGUGCCCCCGACGACGACUUGCAUUACUUUUCUAUUGUCAACUCGCUCAUGAUUGUACUUUUCUUGACUGGUGCCAUUUCUACCAUCAUGAUUCGGACCCUCCGCAAGGAUAUAGCGAUUUACAACGAAAUGGACUCACUCGAAGAAGGCAGUGAAGAAACGGGCUGGAAGCUUGUCCACGGCGACGUCUUUCGUCCUCCGCAGUUUAACCCUUCUUGGCUAUGCAGUUUGGUUGGUACCGGCUGUCAAAUCGGUCUUGCUUUUGUACUUGCCAUGCUUUCGGCUAUGCUCAAGUUGCUGAAUCCGUUGCAAAAGGGACAAACGUUGACGGCGUUGAUUCUGUUGUACGUAUUGUGCGGUUCGGUUGCGGGUUAUGUUUCAUCGCGUUUGUACAAGUUCACGGAUGGGGUUGCCUGGAAGCGCAACGUCUUGCUCACCGCCAUGGGACUUCCCGGGACAUUCGUUUCGGUUUUUGCCGUGUUGAAUAUCUUUUUGACGUUUGCCGGUGCCGCCACAGCUGUCUCUUUCUGGUUGAUUCUCGCUCUCUUUUUGCUUUGGACGUGCGUCUCCGCACCCUUGGUCUUCCUUGGUGCAUACUUUGGCCUCAAGAGCGCCAAGAUGGAAUCACCUACCAAGACAAACCAGAUUGCACGUGUGGUGCCGCCUCUUCCUUGGAAUGUUAAGAUGCCGUUUGCUUUCCUGCUCGGUGGAAUUUUGCCAUUCGGUUCCGUUUGUAUUGAAUUGGCGUUCAUCAUGAGCGCUCUUUGGCUGCAUCAGAUGUACUACGUAUUUGGCUUCCUGUUGGUGGUUGGCUGUAUUCUCGCUGCUACCUGUGCCCAAGUCUCAAUGGUCAUGACUUACCUGCAGCUCUGCGCCGAAGAUCAUCGCUGGUGGUGGUCGUCUUUCUGGACUACUGCCAGUGGCGGUGCGUAUCUUUUCGCGUACGCCGUUUGGUUCCUUUCCUCCCGCUUGAGCAUGGCUGGUCUCCUUCCAGUCGUUGUUUACCUUACCUACAUGGGAAUGAUCAGCAUCGUGUUCGGUCUCUUUUGUGGAAGUGUGGGUUUCUUGGCGUCGUUGUGGUUUACUCGCACUAUUUAUGGUGCGGUUAAGGUGGAUUAA